CUCACCCACCACCCAAUUCCCCUCCCCUCUCCAGGUCUCCUCCCGAAACCCCCAAUUCGAAAAUCGAUUGGGGAUUUCGGCGUCCCAAGCUCCCCCCAGAUCCGCGCCUCCGGCCGGUUCGCUCGGCCGCCCCGUCGAUCUGCGGCCGCCGUCGGAGCUGACCGGUCCACGGCUCGAUUCGCCCGGGGGAUUUGUUUCGGGGCUUUUGGUCCUGAUGGCGUCGUCCCCGGUCUCCUACUGGUGCUACCACUGCAGCCGCUUCGUGCGGGUCUCCCCGGCCACCGUCGUCUGCCCCGACUGCGACGGCGGCUUCCUCGAGCAGUUCCCGCACCCGCCGCCGCCGCGCGGCGGCGGCGGCAGCGGCCGGCGCGGGGCCAUGAACCCCGUGAUCGUGCUGCGGGGCGGCUCGCUCUCCGGCUUCGAGCUCUACUACGAGGACGGCUCCGGCGACGGGCUGCGUCCGCUGCCCGGCGACGUCUCGCACCUCCUCAUGGGGUCCGGCUUCCACCGCCUGCUCGACCAGUUCUCGCGGCUGGAGGCGGCCGCGCCGCGCCCGCCGGCCUCCAAGGCCGCGGUCGAGUCGAUGCCUUCCGUGACCGUCGCCGGGGGAGGCGGGGCCCACUGCGCGGUGUGCCAGGAGGCCUUCGAGCCCGGCGCCGCGGCCCGGGAGAUGCCGUGCAAGCACGUCUACCACCAGGACUGCAUCCUCCCCUGGCUCUCCCUCCGCAACUCCUGCCCCAUCUGCCGCAGCGAGCUUCCGGCGGCGGCCGUGCCUGAGGCGGAGGCGGACGCCGGGCUCACCAUCUGGCGACUCCCCCGCGGCGGAUUUGCCGUCGGAAGGUUCGCCGGCGGGCCCAGAGAGCAACUGCCGGUUGUCUACACGGAGCUGGAUGGUGGUUUCAGCAACGGCGUCGGGCCGAGGCGGGUGACAUGGCCAGAAGGAGAAGGGCAGGUGGACGGCGGCGAAGGUCGGAUUCGCCGUGUAUUUAGGAACCUGUUUGGGUGCUUUGGCCGGGGCGGCCGGCCCGAGAGUUCCUCGCAGUCCCGUAGUGGCUGAGCAAUGUUCUUCCUGGUAACUCACUUUCAAUUGAUGAUAGUGGUGAAUAAGUAGGAGUUUAGUAUAAGGAGGAAACCCCAGGUGGUGAGUUAUUGGUUAGUUUGAUGUAAAUGAAGGGCUUGCAUUCCCCCCCUUUUUGUCUCGUUUUAAGAAUUUAGAGUUGGCCAUGAGCAAACUACUCAGAAAUGAAAUUUGAUAGCAAAUCAGGAAGAACAAGCCCAAGCCUUCAAGAAUGGGAUAGCAGUGAAUUAUGGGGGAAAUCAGUCACUGGCAAUAUUCUAGGCAAAGAGAACAAUCGGUGUUCUCACUUCUGUAUUGUUUGUGCAUAUACUGGAUUCGUUAAGAUAAAUUUUGAUUUUGCAUUA